GACAGUACCUUGUCAAAGUUUUGGCAAAUUAGACUUUUAUAACGAACUACUUAAAGUGUAGUGAGUUUUUUCCUUCAAAAUGAAGUUUUAUAAAUUAUGUGUUGUGCUAUUGUUUUGUGUAAUUCUCACUCUCAAUCCAUAUACCUCAGACGCUAUAAAUGAGGACCAAGAAAUUAACGCCAUCAAUGCUGGGGUACAAGCUCUUGCAGCUGUCGUCGCCAUGUGUGUAACAGCCGUUCCGAUGGGACCUAUUCUAGUUGGAUCAUUGGGUUUAAUGCAUGUUGCUUCUAUGAUAUUAACUGGAGGUGAUGAAGAAGGUGUAGAAUCAUCUUUUAGCAAAAUAGACCUUCUUAGAUCACAAUCAGAAAUCGAGAAUGCUAUCGAAAAUCUUGGUGGAAAACUAAUGGAUCAAUCAGAGAAAUUGUUGCGUGAAUUAAAACAUGUGAUUCAAAAGACCCAGAUGAUGGAAGGUAUGCGUUUGGACUUGGGAUCUAUGGAACGAGCACAUGUUGAUAAAAUGAAAGCUCUUAUGGAUCCCAAAAAGACUGGAGUACAAAAGAAUGCAACUAUUGCUGGUUUAUUGGACAACGAUAGUAACUUUAUGGAAAGAUUGAGGGCUUUCAUUGACAGGUACAUUAAACCGAGGGUUAUUUUGGCUUCAGCUGAUGAAAUUAAGUUGUUCUACGAACUCACAUUGGAAAAUGAUCGUUUAUUGGCUUUGGAAAACAAAGAUAAUUACCAAGAUUCAACAAGCAGCAGAAUUUUUAAGUCCUACAUGUAUAUCUGCAAGACUCUUACAGAAGCUUAUGUCUUACCCAUAAUCGCUCAUGCUUUACAAUAUCAAUCUGAACUUAAGAAUGGACUUACUUCAGAUGCAAAAUCAACCAAGAGCAAUGCAGAUGAUCUUAUUGAAUAUUAUAAAAAUGACAUGAGGGCUUUAGUUGAAAAAACAAAAUGGGCUCUAAACAAUGCAGGAAGAGAAAUCCGUAAUUCACCAGUUUUCAAAUUAGAGAAAGGUGUCACUUUCGAACGCUUAUCAUUUGCCUCUACAUACCCAAGAAUCUUUUACGCUAAUGGCUAUGGAUGUGCUGAAGAGAAGAGUGUGCUCAAUAUUAAAGACUAUCAAGUUGGAGAAUGCAAGUCGUAUUCAGAUAUAAUUCCCUUAAAUUCUCAAGUGUCAAUGUUCUACAAUCCCGAUGAUCUUGAGAGGCCCUACCAGUACAUGAAAGUAAAAACUCCCAGUGGAGAAGAAGAAAUACUUGGACACAUAAGUUCAGACUCCAACUUACAUGAACAACAAUUUACAAGUCAAGAUCCAUGUCCUUUCACUCUUUGUCCUAUUUAUAAGAAAAAUGCAGCCGCAAUAUCAACACAGGUGGUUAGUGCUGAGCCCGGAAAUGUUAUCACUGGAAUCCGUUUUAGAGUAGAAGACGGAGUAAUUUACAUUGAUAUUCAGCAAGGAAAAUUCAUAGAUGUUCUCUCAGUAGAUCCCAAGGUCUAUUGGACAAAAACUCCAGCAGGUGGACCAGUUCAAUACCUGAGCUCAACUGCCAACAAGCUUGAAUUGGGUGACUUCGAAGUGGAGGACAAUGUUUACCUGACAUCGAUUCAAAUUGCCCCAGUACGCGGACGAUAUAAUGCUAUGCGUUUCGAAAUCAAAGUAGGAGGAUCAAGCGGUCCUCAAUGGUUUAACCUUGGUGUACAAGGAAACAGAAAUUAUUUCCCUGAUUCAAAUGAACUUCAAGUUCCUGAAGCCGAUGAUGCAGAGAAAGCAGAAAUUGACGCGAAAAAUUUGAUUUCAGAACCUCCAAAAGAAGGUGAACGCUACUUUAUAACCCUUAAACAAUCUGACAUUAAAAAGGAUCUUGGUCGCUCAACUUAUCCUCUAAUUGAUAUUCGACCAGUGGUUUCAAGUCCACCAGCACCAAUGAGAGGUUUUGGAAUUUAUCACACUAACAUUGGAUUAUUGUCAUUGAAAUUAAUCACACCCAAGUUGGAUCAUUUGGCCGAUUAUAAAUUGACUGAAUCUAUUUUACAAAAAAUAGCUUAAGAAGAAGAUUUUUUUUUUAAAUUUGUGUUUGUUUCAUAAUGUAAAUGUUUGAUUUUCAAGACAUAACUUUUACUUAUUUUUAAAUAAAGAUUGUCACAAAAUUA